CUCAUGAAUAUAAGGAAUGUCAAUGCAGUCGACAGGGGAUGUGAUUACUGACAGCGAGCUAAUAACGUGUUCACGGACAUUACUGACACCACAAAGAGUUCAUAAAGAUGUCCAAGCGAUGGUCAGAUGAUGGGGUAACUUGGACAUAGGUAGCCCGGAAUCCGGCCAGGGCGGGGGUCACCAUGACAACAGAGGACCUUCUACAGCCCAACCAGGUGGUCAAGGACAGAUGGAAAGUGGUGAGAAAGAUCGGUGGCGGAGGCUUUGGUGAAAUCUACGACGGCAUUGACCAAGUAACCAAAGAGAAUGUUGCCCUCAAAUUGGAAUCCGCAAAACAGGCCAAGCAAGUGCUCAAGAUGGAAGUGGCUGUCCUUAAGAAGUUACAGGGACAUGACCAUGUGUGCCGGUUUAUCGGAUGUGGCCGAAAUGAGCGGUACAACUAUGUGGUGAUGACCCUGCAGGGGAAAAACCUGGCAGAGUUGCGACGAAGUCAACCACGAGGCUGCUUCACGCUCAGUACAACACUCCGCCUAGGCGCCCAAAUACUCAAGGCCAUUGAAGCAAUUCACGAGGUCGGCUUCCUCCACAGGGACAUCAAACCUUCUAACUUUGCUAUGGGGAGACUACAGAAGGACAGUAAAAAGGUGUUCAUGCUGGAUUUCGGCCUGGCACGUCAGUACACCACCCCAGCUGGAGAUGUACGCCCACCAAGGGCGGCGGCUGGCUUCAGGGGCACAGUGCGUUACGCUUCAGUCAACGCCCACAAAAACAAGGAAAUGGGUCGCCAUGACGACCUGUGGUCCCUGUUCUACAUGCUGGUAGAGUUUCUGGCGGGCCAGUUGCCGUGGCGUAAGAUCAAGGACAAGGAGCAGGUGGGCAACAUGAAGGAAAAGUACGACCACACACUGCUGCUGAAAAACAUGCCGAAUGAGUUCCGUCUGUUCCUCGAUCACAUUCUCAGCCUGGACUACUUUGACAAGCCCGACUACUGCCUGUUACACAACUUGUUUCAGCAGUGUAUAAAGCGUAAGGGCAUCAAGGAACCAGAUCCGUAUGACUGGGAAAAAAUCUACGCUGACGGGUCUGUUGCCACGACAACCACAACUUCGCCUCCGAUAGGGAUCAAGGCCACACCAGGAGCGGGAGUGUUACCGGGUGGGCCUCAUACUGCAGGGCAUGGAGCCACAGAGGCUAUGGACGUCAACCUCAGUUACAACCAAGAGGAGGGUGACCAGGAGGAACGCAAGCUCAAGGAAGCACAGUACAUACUUGAAAACAAGAACCUACAUGACAUAGACAAUCGGCUGCGGGAGGAAGUGGGUGACAUUGUGUUGGUGCCUCGUAAACAAAAUGUGAACCAUAUGGAGACAGAGGAGAAACACCAGAUGGAACAACUGGUUCAGGAGGAUAAUGUGGCUCCACAAGUGUAUUCCAUUGUCCCGGACGAGAGAGGAAACACAGGUGAUGCCCCACCACAGGAUCAACAAGAUGCACCCAAAACAUCUGGCCUCGAUGUGCUGGCAGACCAGUUGACUCGCAUCCUCAAACAGGACGGGGACAAAAUGGAGGGUCGGCCGGUGCCACGAGAGCAGACUCAUGACCAAGUUGGCUCAGCCAUGAGAUUUUCCGAGGAAAUCCUGCCAGACAUGCGUGAACGAGACCAGCAUUCUGGUGGGGAGCGACGCCAAAGUAAAGGACGAUACCAUGAAAAUCAGUUGUUUAAGGAGAUAAUAGACCGCAAAGUACACUCCGCUGUAGCGUCCAACAGAAAGAAUAGUCUUGUCUGUGAUGAGGACAUCUCAAAUAAUCCUGACUACCAGCCAGACCCCCUCGUCAGCAGGGCUGCUAUCACAUUCGCUCUCAUGCAGACGGAGGAGAAAACACACACAGCAGCCGACGAGAACAUUGAUGAGAACGCCACUAGAGCAGCUCCAUUUACGGUAGCCAGUCAAUGGGGCGCCGUGUCCGCCUUCGGGUCAGACUCCAACAAUAGUGAUGCUGAUGACGAGAGUGAAGGUGAGGAAGGCAAUGACAUGAAAUUGAAAACCUCACAUAGAACGCGGCGAGGGUUAAUGAACACGCUAGCUGACGAAGACGAUCUUCGACUGGACAGUAUUGUUAGGAAUUCGCUUGUGUUACAUGACGCAGACCGUGAAUCGCAUGAAAUUCUUCGUAAUUCACUCGUGUUUCUCGACGAUGAUGCAGAUCGUGAUCAAAACAAAGAGAAAAGUGACUCAGGAUUUCAUUUUAGAAAUUUAUCAGAUCGAAAACAUUCCAGUAAUAGUUUACAAUUCCUUAAUGUACAAGGAUCUGAGCGGACACCCGAGAGCCCUUUAGAAAAAUCCCAGUCUGUAGAUAGUAUCCAUAGUAAGUUAUCUAGUCCUAGUAGAAUGCCUGAAAAACUGGCCAAAGAGAUAGGCAAUCUUAUAUCGUCUCCACUAAGUAGCCCUUCAAAACAUUUAUUUAAAGGAAAAGACAGUUUGACUGAUAUUAAAAAGCUAGCUUCGUUAAGUCAUUUGAAGCCGUUGGGUAAGCCUCCCGCUCCUCACUAUGUUUCAGCUCGCAACCAUAACACAGAUAAAAGUGCUAUAUCCGACUCCAACAAGAGACCUAUGCUCUACCCUAGUACUGUCAAAACACAAAGUGAUUCAUCUAAACACUCCGAUAAUAAAACCAUCAGUGUUGACGAGGUUAAGUCAAAAAAGAUUAAAGUAGUAAAUAACCAUGAUAAAGGGGGCGUUCCGGAGAGACGUGAAGUUGUAAAUCCAGAACGACGCGCUUCAGAUGGUGGCCGAACUGGGAAAAGUACGAAAAUGUCUACCAUUCCUGAGGAUCAGAACAGCGAAAACAAAUCUGGAGGACCUAAGUCAAGUAAAAGUGCUGAUCAGAUCCAUACCACAAAAUCUACGGCCAGUGAUAACAGUACGCUAUGCAAGGACGACAAAGUGCCAAGUCAGCAGGAAAUCAAGUCUAGUAAAAAAGAAACCACCUCACAGAAAAAGGAACUCAAAAAAGAAACCAGUUUGCACAAAAAAGAUUGUAGCUCACAGAAAAAAGAAUCUAGUCUUCUCAAAAAAGAUCCCAUCUCUAAACGCCAGCAGAAGCGAAGGUCUUCGUCAGCGUCUCGUGUGUCGGAGCGCACCACCUUGGAACUUAGGGAAGCUCUGUCAUCGUUGACCCCUGACCCCCAUGAGAACCCAGAGUCAGACAGCUCCCGGGUACCUAAACCCCCACCAGGACAACCUCCAAAAAACGCAGUCACAUAUGCAAGAUCUUUAGAUCAAGAAGAUCUCAGCACAGAAGUCACAGAGCCCCAGGGAGCCACAUUGAGUUACCAUGGUGAUGACGAAGAUUCUGGAUAGCUAUGAUUGUACCAAGAUUAAUUACUUAAUUAUCUACUUAAUUGCCUCUACAUUUGUGAAUUAUUGAUAGGAGAUCAUGUACUCUGGCUGAAAAGCACAGACUACAUACAAGAAUGUUUUUUUUAUAGCUGAUGUCAAAGGUCUCCUUUUUUUUUUUUUUUUUUUACAAAACUCUGCCAUUAUAUAAAGAUCGCUGUACAAAGCAAAGAUCUUCAUGGAAUACAAACUCGGUUCACAGGAUCAUGGAUAGAUUAUCAACACCAACUGUCACCCUAGAUGUGAAGUUGUUCAUUGUGUGAACUAUGAAAUUGGGUAUGUGUAUUGUCCAAAUGGCUUUAAGAGAUACUUGUGACUCUGAACCUGUGCUGCCAUCUUGUGACAAAAGACCAAAAGUGAUAAAUCAUCAGCAGAGAUCUUCGUUUCCUCUCAUAUUCUCAGAUCACUAAUGACAAUACUCUGCAUGUGCAAUAACCGUUUGAUAGUGUGAGACUCUGUUUGCCUUAAUAUAACUGACACAGGGUACCUGUGUUUUACCUGUAGUGACAUCAGUGUUUGGUGUCUGUCGGACCUUUCCUAGUUCACGUCGUACCUGUUUCAUGUGGGUUAACACUGCUUUGCUAAUGUCCAAGUAGCCAUAUUUUUUUUAAAAUCAGGGAAGUACCAACUUAACAAUGUUAUUGUGAUAUAUAGAGUCUAUCACUCCCUUGUGCAACAGAGCAAAUCCUGUCGUCCAGAAUAAGAAUAUUCCAACAAUAUUGACGUUAAAAUUUAUACUUUUAUGACUGAGAUUUCUCUGUCUUCAUUGUUAAAGGAAUGAAAAUAUUGUUUUUUAUCAUCUAAACAAUUUAUAUUUACAUCUGCACUGGUGGAACAAAUUCCUUUCAAGAUAUUUGACAAUGUGGCAUAAUUUCCAUUGAUGAUAAAUAUCAUAUACUGAUCGUAACACUCCGCCGGUUCCAAUGCUAGCAGAGAAGCACCUGGACCGGAUUGGCUGUGAUUUUAUUUUGCAUUGCAUCUCUUAUACUAUACUACCUGCAAUUUCUUCAUGGUUUUUACUGUUGCCAAUAGCUGGUGGGAUUUCAGGAUUCCCAGAUUGUGUUCAGACAGCAAAUAUAAAACACGGUAAAGUAGCCAGUACCAGUAAUAUGUCAGAGUUUUGUCUAAACAUCUGUUUCGCUUCUCAUUUUAACUUGAAAAGUAGUUAAUAUUGACUGAAGAAAUAAUGUAAUCACACAGUGUUGAAUACUUGGUUCCAGACAUACCCUCAACUAAUUGUAAUGAUGCGAAGUGCAUGAGUUUUUGACUCUUUGGGGGGCCUGUUCGUUUAUGCGGAACAACUGGUUUGUCCGUUUAUAAAUGUAAUAAUUUUGGGUAUGAAUCCUG